AUGAAGUCACAGUUAACCAAUGAAAAUUCAGAAUAUAUUUUACCUCGUAAUAUACUUCACUCUUCACCGUGGAGGUCAAUGUUUAUAUAUUUAAAGAUGUCUAUGUUAGCUAGAAUGUUACCAGUGACUUCCCCUUGGUUGGAAUCAGACUCAACCACUGAUGAAAAUUUAAAGAAAACAAUACUAAAAGAUGAAAGAAAUAUGAUAGUUUUUGGUCCAAGUAAUGUGGGUAAGACAUGUCUGUUAUUUCAAGCUGGUGUAUCAUUGGCUGUAGAAGAAUUAAUAGUAAUAUUUGUAUCACCUCAACCAUUGACCAAGAUGCCCUUGACUAUACAUGGUCUUCAUUCACCUAGUGCUACAGUACUCCAGUCAGUUAAAUUUGUUGAAUGUUUGCAACAUUCUGCUAAUGAUUCUAAAUCAUUCUGUUUUCAAACUGGCAUGAGUAAAACUAAUUCUUUACACCUGAUAUUGUGCAAAAUUGUGGCAUCUUUUUCAACAGAUUUUGAGACAUAUAAAUAA